AUAUAUAUAUUUUUUCAAACGUGGUAUACAGCCUGCCUAACGUGGGCUGCGCACGCUCUAUAUCGUUGACUUUAGACUCCCGUGUAUAUGUGCACAUGAAGCAACGAGAUCAGAAAGAGUAGACGAGAUGUUUAGUUUGAUUUCAUUUGCUCUAGUCGUCGUUUUCCGUUCAAAGCUGAAUGUUCCACCAAGUCCGCUAGGUUUCCCAGUGAUCGGACACCUCCAUUUGCUCAAAGAUCCUGUUCAUCGUUGCCUCCAUGACCUCUCUCGGAACCUCGGUCCAGUGUUUUCGCUCAGGCUUGGCUCUCGUCGAGCCGUGGUCGUCACGUCAGCUUCCGCAGCAGAGGAGUUCUUAUCUCACGAGAAUGAUGUCGUCUUCGCGAACAGGCCUAUCAGUACUUUGGGUAAAUACGUUGCUUACAACAACUCGAUAGUCAGCGUAUCUCCCUACGGAGACCACUGGCGAAACCUCCACCGUAUCUGCACCGUGGAGAUCUUCUCCGCCGCUCGUCUUAAAGAAUCUUCCGAGAUCCGGAGAGACGAAGUGAGGUCUCUUCUUCGGACGAUCCACGCGGCUACAUCAAAAGGGGGAGGAAACGACUCUGUCCGAGUGGAGCUACGGCCGUUGCUUUCUGGGUUUACGUUGAACGUCCUUAUGAGAAUGGUCGCCGGAAAAAGAUACUACGGCAGUGAGGAUAACGCGGAAGCUAAGGAAGUGAGAGAGCUGAUCAGCGAAACGUUCGAGCUCGCAGGGUUUACUUAUGCCGGUGACUUUCUUCCGAUUUUGAAGCUGUUUGAUUUCAAUGGAUACGUAAAGAGAGUGAAGAAACUUGGCUCGAAAUUAGAUCAGUUUAUGCAGGAACUGGUCGACGAACACAGAAGAAACAGGGGAAAAGCAGAGUUCAAGAACACGAUGAUCACUCAUUUGCUAACUCUUCAAGAAUCGCAACCUGAGUACUACACUGACGAGAUCAUCAAAGGACUCAUACUGGUGAUGGUAGUUGCCGGGACGGACACAACUGCAAUGACAUUGGAAUGGGCAAUGGCUAACCUUCUAAAUCAUCCAGAUGUUCUAGCCAAAGCUAAGACUGAGUUAAACAAUAUCAUCUCAGGUAAAGGGCGUUUGAUGGAGGAAUCUGAUACGAGCACUUGUACAUAUCUCAAUAAUGUGAUUUCAGAGACUCUUCGACUGUAUCCUGUUGGGCCAAUGCUGGUCCCACACAUGUCGUCCGUUGACUGCAAAGUUGCUGGGUAUGAUAUUCCACGAGGUACAUGGCUAUUCAUCAACGCGUGGGCAAUUCAGCGAGAUCCAAAUGUAUGGGAUGAGGCUGAGGUUUUUAAGCCGGAAAGGUUCGACAAUGAGGAGUGGAAGAUUCAUCAUGGUAAGUAUCUACCAUUCGGAAUAGGUAGAAGAGCGUGUCCUGGAAUGGGACUUGCCCAAAUUGUAUUGAGCUCAGCUUUAGGGUCGUUGAUCCAAUGUUUUGACUGGAAGAGGGAUGAAGAAGAUAUGGCAGUUGACAUGUCGGAAGGAACAGGUCUUACCAUGCCUAAAGCUGUGCCUUUAGUUGCCAAAUGCAAGUCUUCACCAAUUCUAGACAACGUUGUAUUCUAGUUUCUCUUU